AUGGCCUCCACCGAGUCCAUCCUCCAGGGCGUCACAGUCCUCGGCAGAGUCGACGACGCUCACCGAAAGAUCCUCACACCCCAGGCCCUCGCCUUCCUCGCCCUGCUGCAUCGCUCCUUCAACGGCACCCGCAAGACGCUGCUCGAGCGCCGCAAGCUGCGCCAGGCCGAAAUCGAUCGCGGCCAGCUGCCCGACUUCCUGCCCGAGACGCGCUCCAUCCGUGACGAUGCCACCUGGAGGGGUGCCGUCCCUGCCCCGGGCCUCGUCGACCGCCGCGUCGAGAUCACGGGACCCACGGACCGCAAGAUGGUCAUCAACGCCCUCAACGCCAACGUCUACACCUACAUGGCUGAUUUUGAGGACUCGAGCGCCCCGACGUGGGAGAACAUGAUCAACGGCCAGGUCAACCUCUACGACGCGAACCGGCGCCAGGUCGACUUCAAGCAGGGCCAGAAGGAGUACAAGCUGCGCACUGACCGCAAGCUGCCAACGCUCAUCGUUCGCCCUCGCGGUUGGCACCUAGACGAGAAGCACCUCACCGUCGACGGCGAGCCCAUCUCCGGCAGCCUCUUCGACUUCGGCCUCUACUUCUUCCACAACGCCUUCGAGACGCAGCGCCGCGGCUUCGGCCCCUACUUCUACCUGCCCAAGAUGGAGAGCCACCUCGAGGCCCGGCUGUGGAACGACGUCUUCAACCUCGCCCAGGACUACAUCGGCAUGCCCCGCGGUACCAUCCGCGGCACCGUGCUCAUCGAGACCAUCCUCGCCGCCUUCGAGAUGGACGAGAUCAUCUACGAGUUGCGCGACCACAGCUCCGGACUCAACUGCGGCCGCUGGGACUACAUCUUCAGCACCAUCAAGAAGUUCCGCCAGAACCCCAACUUUGUCCUGCCCGACCGUUCCUGCGUCACCAUGACGGUGCCUUUCAUGGAUGCCUACGUCAAGCUGCUCAUCCAGACCUGCCACAAGCGCGGCGUCCACGCCAUGGGCGGCAUGGCCGCCCAGAUCCCCAUCAAGGACGACAAGCGCGCCAACGACAAGGCCAUGGACAACGUCCGCGCCGACAAGCUGCGCGAGGUCCGCGCCGGCCACGACGGCACCUGGGUCGCUCACCCGGCCCUCGCCGCCAUCGCCACCGACAUCUUCAACAAGCACAUGCCCACCCCCAACCAGCUCUUCGUCCGCAGGGAGGACGUCAAGAUUGGCCAGAACGACCUGCUCAACAUGAACGUUCCCGGCACCAUCACCGAGGACGGCAUCAAGAAGAACAUCAACAUUGGCCUCGGCUACAUGGAGGCCUGGAUCCGCGGCGUCGGCUGCGUCCCCAUCAACUAUCUCAUGGAGGAUGCCGCCACCGCCGAAGUCUCCCGCAGCCAGCUUUGGCAGUGGGUCAGGCACGGCGUUUCGACUGCAGAGGGCAAGCGCGUCGACAAGGCCUACGCCCUGAAGCUCCUCAAGGAGUGUGCCGAUGGCCUGUCGGCCAAAGCCCCCAAGGGCAACAAGUUCCACCUCGCUGCCCAGUACUUUGCCGGCCAGGUGACGGGUGAGGACUACGCGGACUUCUUGACAACUUUGCUGUACAACGAGAUCACGCAGGUGGGAUCCCCGAGCCCGGCGUCGAAGCUGUAA